UUCUUGUAAAUUGCCAACUACUCAAAAUGACUUCCAAACUUUGCCUUAUUGCAGAAUCUGUAGAGCUGCGGAACCAGAAUUCACAUGGAAAUCACCUAAUUUGUACCAAGCUCAGCUCCAAACUCCCUUUAUGGUUCAAAAAUCCCCGGUUUUUUGUGAUAUGGCAGGAUAUUUUGAUUUACCGGUUUCUUUAAACUUAAAAAAUGGGCAAUCUCCUUCUCCUUUUUCGCCGUGUCUUCCCUUGCAACCGGUCGAACCUGAGAUAAUCCGUGCCAAAAUGACUAGUGGGUCUGCCUAGCUCUUCAGUUACUCCCCAAUAUGAUGGAUAUCUUCAAGAAAGUGACGAUGAAGAGCUCGUUCAGAUUCCUCAGUGUAACCAGAAGAAUACUGAACAAACGGGACUGGGUCUGAAUCCACUGAUGUUUUCACCUAAGAUUGCCUUCCAAUUUGAUAACUUAAAGGAGGGUGCUAAAGAAUCCGAGCCAAGUAAUAUCUACAAUGCCCAUACCGGUGACAAGAGUACCAGAUCUAUGGAUGUUAAAGAAAACCCGACCAAAAAUGUAACAAAAGAUCCAAAAAUCCAAGGCGGAUAUGCCUUCAUUGACUCUGUUUUUCCUGGACAGGACAAGAUCAAGGUCCGUGAGGCCCACUUAGCCAGGAUUAUGAAGAGACGAGCUGCUAGAGCCAAAGAUUCUUUUGCCAAACUCAGCCAUGUAACCCAUCGGGCAAGAACAGAAGGCCCAAUGCAUGGAAGUCGUAGCAGGUUUGCUAAGCAAAGACCAAGGGAUCCAAACGGCCGUUUUUACACUAAGUACGAAAUUGAGAAGCUCAGGCAGCAGGAUUACAUCCAAGCAGUGGUUGCUUACCUCCAAUCCCAAACAGUGCCAGGCCAAUCUGCAGAAGCUGUAAAGAGCCAAUCAUAUAAAGAGGUUUUGAAAUCUUUCCCUGAAAGAGUAUUUAAAAUCACCAAGGCACCUAAAAUAGCUUAA